UUCCUCCUCUCUCUCUCUCUCUCUCUCUCUCUCUCUCUCUCCAUCGCCAUGGACGCUCUCUUAGCGAGCUACGCCUCCGACGAGGACGAUGAAGGAGAGCACGAACCCAAGCGAGAAGAUGAUAAAAAACCCUCCUUUUCUCUCCCCCCUCCCAAAUCCUCUUCUUCUCUCUUCUCCUCUCUCGCCCCACCCAAAUCACUACCACCCCCCACCUCCUCCCCCAACCCCACAAACCCUAAUCCCCGAUCGUCCCAGCCUAAUUCCAUCCGAACCCUAAAUCCGGAACCUUCCAAGCCCCAAGCUCGCAUCUUUUCCUCCCUCCCGCCGCCCAAAACCUCGUCUUCUUCCUCGCUCUUCUCCUCCCUGCCACCUCCCAAAUCGAAGGAGUCCUCGAAUCCUCUCUCCUUGGACUUUAACCCUAAGAAGGUGGUGCGCUUUACCCCGCCUGUAAACCCUAGGAGGGAUUUGGACGACGAGGAUGAUGAGGACGAGGUGCGUAAGAGGAAACCCGCUAACGAUUCUUCUUCUACUGUGGGAUCAAAGAAGAACCUUUCUUCUAUGCUCCCCGCGCCAAAGAACUCUCUUUGCUUGGCUCCUUCCGCCGCCUCUUCCAUCGCCUCACGGAGAUCCGCUGUGGAAGCCGAAUCGGCAGCAGUUAGUGUCAAAGAGCUCGAAUCGGAGCAAGAAGGGAGCGGCUUCGAGGGCUACGGGGGUUACAGUAGCAGUUGGGUUGGUGCUUCUGCAGAAGCCGAAGCAGCAGAGACGAUAGCUUAUGAGAGCUAUGGGGCUUAUAAUGGCGGCUGGGUUAGUGACCCAACCGCUUCUGCGGAAGGCGGUGCAGAGGGGGCGAUGGCUUCGGGCUUUUCGAGCAGUAGUUACGGGUCCGCAGAUGCGUCUCAGUGGGAGCAGAGUUAUGGGAGUGGAGUGGAUUACGGUGGGGGUUACGAGGGGAGUUGGUCGGACGGAUCGAUUGAUAGGGGGGCGUCAGUGGUCGCCGAUGUGGGAAUGAGUAAGGGAAAGAGAGGGAGGAAUGAGAUGCCGAUAGAGAUUGUGGAGGUGAAGCAGGAGGAGUUGGUGAAGAACCGGCCGAGGGAGGAUCAGGCUAAGCUGACGGGGAUCGCCUUCGGACCAUCAUAUCAGCCGGUUUCUUCUGCCAAGGGAAAGCCCUCGAAACUGCAGAAACGAAAGCAUCAGAUUGGCUCCUUAUACUUCGACAUGAAGCAGAAGGAGAUGGAACUUUCCGAGCGCCGUGCUCGCGGCUUUCUAACCAAGGCAGAGACACAAGCCAAGUAUGGUUGGUGAUCAAACAUGAAAAACUAUGGCAUUUUAUACUUUGUUAGCGCGAAGAGAAACAGUUUUAUAAUGUGUAAUUUUCCGUUUAUCAUUUUUUUUUCUUGUUAUGCUAGCUUGACUUGUAAAACAAUUUUAUGAUGGACUAAUCCUUUAGACAUGGCAUGACUUCUGUCACUUUCUUUC